UCAAAUUCAUCUUUUCCGCGAGCAGUCGAAAUAUUCAAAAUGUUGAAAAUAAAAAUCAACUCAGUUCUUUUCUUAACAGUACUUGAAAUAUUCUUAGUGGCAACAACUGCCUUCGAAGAGACGUGCGAAUCCGACCGAGAAAUGGAAAAAAAGUGCCGGAUUCAUAACUACAAAACAGUGAAACCUUUGCUUGAUUAUUUUAGGCAAGUUCGCAAUGAGUUAGAACAAAGUGAAUCUAAGGAAAAUAAGUUAAAUGAAUUAAAUUCUGAUCUUAUGGAAAAGUAUCAUGAAAUUGUAAGAAUUCAUGAAAAAUUUAUGAACGAGGCAGCUCUAUUAGAUGAAUAUAAAAAAAAAGUUCUUAAAGGGGAAGUCGAUUUGCAAUUGAGUCAAAAUAAAGUUGAGAAAUUAGAAUCUGAAAUUAAUUCAAAACAAAAUAUUAUUGUGAAAUUAAAAGGAGAAUUAGCUGAUAAAUCCACCAACUUAGAAAAUUGCAAACUUCAAUUCAAAAAUCUUAAUUCUAGCUUAAUUGAAAAAGAUGAAAAAAUAAAGAGAAUUACUGAGAAUCUUCAAAAUAAUACUGAGCAUCAGAAAACACUUAAAGAGCAAUUAGAGAAGAGUAAAACUAAAUUAAUAAAUCAAGAUAAAGAUAUUCAGUUAUGCCAAUCUGAAAUUGAUAAGUUAAGUCCCACAUCUUGCAUCCCAUUUGGAGAUUCAGAUGUUCAUCAACUUAAUGUUUCUGGCGUAGGUUUCUUUGAUGUUUUAUGCGAUAUUAAGUUAGCUGGACCUGGAUGGAUUGUAAUACAGCAACGAGUUGGGGGAAAUGAGAGUUUUAAUAAGAAUUGGGCAAGCUAUCGCAAAGGUUUCGGUUCUUAUAAGAGUGAUUUCUUCCUCGGACUAGAGAAAAUACAUCGUAUCACCAGUUUGCAGCGUCACGAACUUUACAUACAUUUGGUUGCUCUGAAUGGAAGUACCUACAACGCUCGUUAUGACGACUUUAAGAUAUCUGAUGAACACAGUGGAUAUAAACUGAGUUUGGGUAAAUUCGAUGGAACUAUUAAUGGGGAUGCAAUGAGAGCCGGCGAAAAAAUGAAAUUCACAACAUUCGAUCGCGACAACGACAUUAGUGAUAAAAGUAAUUGCGCAGUUAAAUACAAAAGUGGCUGGUGGCACGGCCUUUGUUAUAAUUGUAAUUUAAAUGCACCAUAUGGGCCACAUCUAGUUUGGUACAAACGAAAUCCAUUGAAAGAAGCUAAGAUGCUAAUUCGCCCCAAAAGAAGCGAUGAAGAAGUGAGCAACUGAAGAUCUAAAAUUCAAAUAGUUCACUCAAUUAUGUAACAAUUUAUAUAUAAUUGGUGCAGUAAGAAAUUGCGUUCUGAAUAAUAAAACGAUCGACUAUUUAAUGCAGCGAUUUAUUUUUAUAAUUUAAA